UUGAUGCUGGAUCACCGAGCAGCAGGAGUCUGCUCUGCCAGUCCGUCGCUGCAGUCCGUCAGAGCGACCAGUCAUCAACAUCCCCUGAACGUGCGAGGAGCUGUAACGCUAUGUGGAGCUGAGCUCACGGUGUACGGUUCAACCAGAGCAGGUUACGACAUUUGUGGACAUGAGGACACCUGCUACUGCGACUUCUUUCAAAAGGCGGACCGUCAAUCCUGACUGGCAUCGUUUUUCACCGAGCAAAUGAGAAAGAAUCGUCAUGAACAUUUUCCUGCUGACCAGUCACUCCUUCACUGAGGAACCUCGGCCGUUUUUUGGGUUUCUGGACUUAUCAAUACAGGGAUGAGAUAAUAAAGUCAGCCAGCUUGUGCAUGCUGCUACAACAACACCACCUGUGGCACCUGUAAACGCACCCUACCCUGCCCCCCUAAACCCUCCCCAAGCUAAUUUCAAUUCAACAGUCAAAAUAUGACGACACCAGCUCUCCUGCCGCUGUCGGGCCGCAGGAUACCCACUCUGUCGCCGGGGGCCUCCUCUUUCCCGCACCACAGGGCUACAUUGAGGCUCUCUGAGAAGUUCAUCCUCCUCCUCAUUCUUAGUGCCUUUAUCACCUUAUGCUUUGGGGCCUUCUUUUUCCUCCCGGACAAUUCCAAACACAAGCGCUUUGACCUGGGCUUGGAAGAUGUGCUCAUCCCUCAUAUUGACUCGCCCAAAGAGGGGAAGCACGCUUCAGGACAGGUGGUCAUACAUGGACAGGGAGGACACGACGAGCACAGACACAGGGAGGAGGAGGAGAGCCUGCGGGACAAGAUUCGGGCAGACCAUGAGCGAGCACUGCAGGAGGCAAAGGAGAAGCUGAGAAAGUCACGUGAGGAGCUGCAGGCUGAGAUCCAGACAGAGAAGAACAAAGUAAUGGAGGACCUGAAAAAGAAGGAUGCGGGGCCUAAACCUCUGCCCCCCGUCCCCAUGCCCAAAGUGGUGGGCGUCAGUGAUGGUGAGCCACCAGAGCCUGACGCCAAAGAGAAACGCGACAAGAUAAGAGAGAUGAUGAAGCAUGCAUGGGACAGCUACAGACAGUAUGGCUGGGGUCAUAACGAGCUGAAGCCCCUCGCCAAAAAAGGACAUUCCACAAAUAUCUUUGGCAAUUCCCAACUAGGGGCGACCAUUGUGGAUGCCUUAGACACCCUCUACAUCAUGGGUCUGCAUGAGGAGUUCAAGGACGGCCAGGAGUGGAUCGAACAGAACCUGGACUUUGGAGUGAAUGCCGAGGUGUCUGUGUUUGAAGUCAACAUUCGUUUCAUUGGAGGACUACUGGCCGCCUACUACCUCUCUGGACAGGAAGUAUUCAAGCUGAAGGCGGUCCAGCUAGCUGAGAAGCUGCUUCCUGCCUUCAACACCCCCACAGGAAUCCCCUGGGCUAUGGUCAACCUUAAGAGUGGUGUUGGUCGUAACUGGGGUUGGGCGUCAGCAGGCAGCAGCAUCCUGGCUGAGUUUGGGACUCUCCACAUGGAGUUUGUCCACCUCACCUACCUGACAGGAAACCCCGCCUACUACCAGAAGGUGAUGCACAUCCGGAAGCUGUUAGCCAAAAUGGACAGACCCAACGGGCUCUACCCAAACUACCUGAACCCUCGCACAGGACGCUGGGGACAACACCACACCUCAGUUGGAGGACUUGGGGACAGUUUUUAUGAGUACCUGCUGAAGGCAUGGCUUAUGUCAGACAAGACCGAUACAGAAGCCCGCAAGACCUAUGAUGACGCCAUUGAGGCCAUCGAGCGGCACCUAAUACGCAAAUCCAACGGCGGUCUGACAUUCAUUGGUGAGUGGAAGAAUGGCCACCUAGAGAGGAAGAUGGGCCACCUGGCUUGCUUCGCCGGCGGCAUGUUUGCGUUGGGUGCUGAUGGCUCGCCCGACGACAAGGCCGGACACUACCUGCAGCUGGGAGCUGAGAUCGCACACACCUGCCACGAGUCCUACGACAGGACGGUGUUGAAGCUCGGCCCGGAGGCCUUUAAGUUCGACAGCGGCCUGGAGGCGGUGGCCGUUCGGCAGAACGAAAAGUACUACAUCCUGCGGCCGGAGGUCAUCGAGACCUACUGGUACAUGUGGAGGUUCACCCACGACCCCAAAUAUCGACAGUGGGGCUGGGAGGCAGCACAGGCCAUUGAUAAGUACUGCAGGGUGAGCGGAGGUUUCUCUGGGGUGAAGGAUGUGUACUCCUCCAACCCGACCUAUGAUGAUGUGCAGCAGAGUUUCUUCCUGGCCGAGACGCUCAAGUAUCUGUACCUGUUGUUCUCCAGCGACGACCUGAUGCCGUUUGAGAGUUGGGUCUUCAACACUGAGGCUCACCCACUUCCUGUCCUCCACCUGGGCAACAUCACCCUGCCUGGCAGCGAGCUGGCUCAGCGGUAAACGGACAGGCCAUCUUCCUCUACCAGAACACCAGGAGGCGUCACUGUAUGCCCGCCUGCCUGCCCAGAAUCCCACCCGCCAACACUGGACAAACUUACAUUCAACUCUACAGACUCUCCAACUGCUUUCAGGCUGCAGACGUUAGCCAGAGGAGAGGGAGGGAGAGCCUCGCGCGCAGACCACUCUAGCGUGGAGAGGACUUUGAGUCUCCCUCGCUUCUUUAUGUUUUACUCUUUGACACUCUGUCGAUCUCUCUGUCUUCUCUGCUUUAAUCAGAAAGACGGUGGAUGUUGCUGCUCAGCCUCAUGACUGGCUUGAAUUGACUCUGAAGGACCGAGCUCCAAAUCUGGAAACUUGAUUUUGUUAUUAUUUUUGGUGUGGAUUUGAGAUUUGACCAAACUUUUCUCUACAGACUCAAGGCACUGAGAGUGCAGUAUGCGAUUUUUGGUGAAGGAUUACGCUGUCGGUUUGACAAUGUACUGAUGGAAGUGUAGUUUUUUUCUAGGCAGACAGACUUGAGGACUUUACAGGGUCUGUGGAUAAUUAUAUUUUUCCCGUUGGAACAGAUCUUUAAUGGGGACACAGGGUUGAAUCAAAGCCCAUUCGCUUCUCCCUGAACCCAACCCCUGCCCAUUCCACUUCCUGUUUACUCUUCAUUGGAUGAACUUUGACCUGGAAAUGUUAGCAGCUCGUCACAUCUUCAGUGGGAGGGUAGGUUGUGGCAACAAUCACCCCCUCCUCUUUCUCUUCCUCCUCCUAUUCUUCUUAUCCUCCUUUUGCAGAAAAGUGGACCAUUGUAAGUAGAACGGUAACUACACGGUGACAGCAGCAGGCCUCCCCAUCUCCACCACUCUCCACCUUGACAUCUUUCCAGAUUCUCCCUCCUCCAGUUAGAGACGUCACCGAGCCACAACCCCAAACAUUCUGCUGCUACUCAUUUGGGUGCUGCUCUUCUUAGUUAUUUAUUUUUUUCUGUUAAAUCUCUCUCCUCCACCUUAUUUCUGUCAACUCUUCUGUCCCCUCUUCCGGUCUUUUAUUUCCUUUCAUAAAACAUUUUCAGGUCAUACAUUGUGAAAUGAGGCUAGAACCCAACAAUGCUUCCGCGCGUGUGUUUAAAAUAACCUCUGCUGUAAAUCAUUUAUUUGUGCACUUUGUAUGGGAAGACUAUAAAGAAGAGAGAAAUAGAAGUGUAGCACUGAAAGAGCUGAAUAAAUGAAGUCUACCUGCUGAGCUCCCCAUGCCACAUUUUCUCUGUUCAACCCCAUUUCAACAGUUGGACCACCUAACUUCACUGUAAGUUGCAUGAACUGAUGCUGUUAUUAAAAUUCUCCCUCUCCAUCAUCUUUACAACUUUUUCCUCAGUCCUUCUCUUACUUUCUGCUUUUAUCUGUAUUUUGUCAUGUCUUCCCCUCUCUUUCAUUUUAACCUCUACCUCUCCCUGUCUACAAUUUA